AGGUUGACGUGGAUGAAUGUGAAGACAUAGCAAUGGAGUACAACAUUUCCAGCAUGCCCACGUUUGUAUUUAUUAAAGACCGUAAACAAAUAAAUUCGUUUGCAGGCGCAAAUGGUGAAAAGUUGGCGGAUUUCAUAGCAAAGAAUGUAUAAAUGUAAAUUAUAAAAGUUGUAUAAUUUUUUACUUUUUCAUAAUUUUUCGUUACAUAAACUUCUGUUUUGUAUUAUACUGAUUGUAGCAAAUAUAAAAUAAAAAAUUAUAAGGUAUUUUGCAUAAUAUGUAUA